AUGAGCUUUAACGUUAAUGACGUUAAUGACAACUCCUCAUCCAGCAACUCUAGUUCACACAACAACGAAGAAUAUAGCAAUGACAACUUUGGCUCCAGCAAUGGAUCCCUCACCAGCGGAUCACAACCACCUCUAAUUGGAUCGGCACACACUACAUCUGCAUCACAACAAACAUCAAGGAACAGAUGUCCCAGUUUCUUUGUGUCCAAUUUAGUCGUCAACAACACAGGUAUACCUCUGGAGCGCGUAAAGAUAUACAUGGUGGACCUUAUCCAGAAGUCUCUAAAGACGAGGAGAAACAACUUGUUAAAGGCCCUCAGAAAUGUGUAUGCCAAACUGGCACAAGAAGAUCAACAACGCCUACUCAACGAACUGCAAUCAAUGGGCUCAUUCUCUGUUCACGAUCUAAAGGAUAGACUCGGUGACUACACAAAGAAUUUCUUGAACUCUGUCAUCAAAAGGAAGAUCUCCGAGUUUGAGAUGUAUUAUUUGUUGUACCAAAUCCAAUUCACCAAGAACAGAAGAUCUCAUCAACCUCGUCCAGUAUCUGAACCGACAAUGAAUGUACAAGUGGCAGAUGGACGACAAAUGCGAUUUGUCUUAAUAGAUAGAUAA